AUGCUGCUGGCCAAGAACAGGCGGCUGGAGCACGAGCUCACCAUGGCCCGCCUGGCGGCGGCUGAGACAGAGCAGCGCCUGGACGCCGCGCAAGGACAGGUGUCGGAGCUGGAGGGCAAGCUGGAAGAUAAGGAGGCACUGGUGAAGCAGCUGGAGGAGGACCUCCUUGAAACCCGCGGCGCCGCCAAAGCCGCCGCCGGCGCGCAGCGCGCGGCCCUGCUGUCCCUAGACGGCGCGGGCAGCCUCGAUGCUCCCACGCCCCGCGGCGGCGGCGGCGCGUCGUUCUCGGGCGUCGGCAGCGGGGCGGACGAGGAGUCGGUGGUGAGGGUGCUGGUCGGCCAGCGGGAGCGGCUGCGUGCGCGCGUGAAGGAGCUGGAGGAGCAGCUGAGCGCGGCGCGCGGCGCCGCGGAGGCCGCGCGGCGGCAGCUGGAGGCGGCGCGGGCGGACAACGUGGCUCUGGUGGAGCGGCUGCGAUACGUGGGGGGCUAUAGGCAGCAGGCUGCGGCGCGCAAGGACGCGGCCGGGGGCAGGCCGGCGGGCGCAGACGUGGAGGCAGGCGGCGGCGCGGCUGGGGACGUGGUGGGGCGGUACGCCCAGCUGUACGAGGACCGGAUAAACCCCUUCCAGGAGUUCCAGGGCCAGCAGCACGAGCAGAAGCGGCGCCAGAUGGGCGUCGCUGACAAGGCGAUGUACGGCGUCGGCCAGCUGGUGUACCGCUCCGCGGCCGCGCGCCUGGUCGCCUUCUGCUACCUCGUAGUCAUGCACACGCUGGUCUUCGCGAGCCUUACUCACGUGACUCACCGGACGUCGUCGCAGCUGAUGGACCACCAGCACGCGGCGCUGGCCGACCACGGCCACGCGGCGCGGCACGACCUGACGUCACUGAUGACUCACGACGGGACGGGCGCGACGGCGGGGGCGGCAGUCGCGGCCGCGGGCGAGGCGGCCGCGAAGGCCGCUGGGAGGCUGCUGCGGCGGCUAUUAUUGUAA